ACAUCUUUCUGUUCUCUCUGUUCCUGUCUGUCUCAGUCUCUCUCUCUCUCUCUCUCUCUCUCUGCCGCCGUCUGUUAAGCGCAGGGCCUGUCCGGCAGAGCAGCGGAUGUGAGGGAUGAUUCAGUGGCUGACAGGAAGCCCUCUGCCUUGCCUGCUGCCCGCCAGUCUCUGUGGCGUUGGCAUCGGCUCGGGCAGGUGUGUGGGCUCAGGAUGAGGUGGCCGCAGUGAGGAGCCGUCCGCUCUCAGCCCUGCAGGAGGAGUGGCCAGGAGCGGACAUGGGCGCGGAGACGGAGCUGCUGUGGCCAGGGCGGGCCCUGCUGCUGCUGCUGGGGCUGGCGGCCGGCCUGUGCGCGCGCUGCUCCCGCCCAGGUGCAAAGAGGCCCGAGAAAAUCUAUGAGCAGAGGAGACUGCAAGAGAAUCAGCAGAGCUUUGCAGUGGCCCGGACCUACACCUUGGUCAGGGAGGCCUGGCCAGGGACACCGGUGGGCACAUCCUCUGGCGUGGAGUCAGCAAGGAAGGACAAGCUGCUGCGGUUCUCCCCCAGCCUCGAGGAUCCUUCUUCCCCCAGGUACCAGAACUUCAGCAAAGGAAGCAGACACAGAUCAGAUGCAGCCUACAUAGACCCCAUCACCAUGGACUACUACAGCCGCGGGCAGCUCCAGAAGCCCCUGGAAGAUGACGAUGACACCAACUCCUAUGAGAAUGUGCUCAUCUGUAAGCAAAAUAAAACCGAAUCAGACGACGAGGGGUCUGAGGACUAUCAGAACUCAGCAUCCAUCCGGCAGUGGCGGGAGUCCAGGAGAGUCGUGGAGCCAGUCCUGAGGGAAGCACCUCCCUCCCUGGCAGGAAGCCCGGAUGAGGACAGUGGGGAGCCUGAUUAUGUGAAUGGAGACGUGGCGGUCACAAAAGCCUAAGGAAGAUCUGGAGGAAGGAGCCAAGGAACCACUUACUGCCUCUCUAGGAUCCCUUCUCCAGAGCUGCUCAGCUUCUAGACUCCAUGUGGCUACUUCUGGGAGGGGCACCAGCAUGUUCAGGGGACCAUCCAUCUGGCCACGGGGCACCCAGCCCGGGGAAACAAGUUACACACGGACUGGCCCUCUGACCCAGCUCCCGCGGGCUGGGCAGAGCCCAGGGCCAAGGGUGGCUCCCACUGUGCUAGGGUGCCCAGGACUUCAGGCACUCGCAUCCCCUUAACUAUACUUAAAACAUCGUACUACAUGGGUGUUCUUUGUGUUCUUUUCGCUUUGGAUUUUGAUCCCAAAUUGCUUACUAAUGUCAGUUGCUGGGAUAAUCUUUGUGAUAAGCUUGUACAGUUAAUUUAUAUAAGCAGAGCCGUAUUUAAUAUUCUGCAUCCAGGGUAGAGGUUGUGUCGUCUAUCUUGUCUCCUCUAAGCAUUACAGGUACUUAAAUUCAGCAAGCAGUGAGGGGGAGCCCUGGUGCUCCUUUCUUUGGGUCUCAGUUGACUGAAUUAGAGAUGAGGCCAAGCCAUCUUUGUGACCCUUCAGUGGGAAUGUCUGCUGUGGACAAGGCACGUCACAGUUCUAGGGGAUGGGCAAGCAGAGUGGGGGUGACCUGGAGGGGCACCCCACAGUUACCCUGAGGCCCUCAGCUGACUGGGCAGAAACAUGACUGUCUCAUGGGAAGGGUGGGGGGGCCCAAGGGACCUUCUGAGUCAGAAAAGCCAGAGUCAGCGGAACAAAAUGCCUUCUCCAACAGAAACAUCUCAAUAAACUGUUGUUCCAGUUUAAGAGCA